AUGGCCGUGUGCCUAACCCCUUGCUCUACAAUCUGUUGUCAAAAGUCUGCUAGAGCGCUCUUUGCAGUAUUCCCUCAUGAAGGCAGGACUGCCGUGAUGGACAUCGUCACUUUCAGGGCCACUGGCCAACGCCGCCAAGGCGCAAAACAGUACUCAUCUUCGUCUAAGAAUUGGCGGCAAUACCGUCAUUACCAUCAUGAAAGCCAUAACUACAACGAAUCGACCAAUCGCGGUUUUGGGUCUCGUCUCCGGUCAGCAUUACGAAAAACCAAGGUGGAAUGGUAUCCUAUUCCCGUCGGAUUGGGUAUCGGUCUUUUAGGGCUGCUUCAAUUCUACAAAUCACAACGCACGGAACGGUUACGGAUCGAACGAGAAGAAUCUGGGGAAGCAUGGGAAUUUGGGAAGCCUCCGCCCCGCCCCAGGAUCAGGCCUAGUGGUCCAUGGCAGGUUCAGAUCAUGUCGACACUACCAUUGAAGGCCAUUUCUCGGUUAUGGGGUCGUUUCAAUGAGCUGGAGCUCCCUUUUUGGCUUCAUGCUCCGGGGUUCAAACUCUACUCCUGGGCAUUCGGGGUCAAUUUGGACGAGGUUGCGGAACCGGAUCUUCGGACGUAUCCGAACUUGGCCGCUUUCUUCUACCGCAAACUGAAGCCUGGGUGUCGACCACUCGACCCUGACCCUCGGGCUAUUCUUGCCCCUUCCGAUGGUCGGAUUUUACAGUACGGUUUGAUUGAGCGUGGAGAGGUUGAGCAGGUCAAGGGUGUCACAUACAGUUUAGAUGCUCUCUUGGGUGCGGCGACUCCAUCGCACGCUGACCAUUCGAAGAAGUUCACCGAUCACCAGUCAGAACCUUCCCCGAAGGAUGCAGCUGAUAUGGCUUCACACGAGGAAUUUGCAAGAGUAAACGGUAUCUCCUACACGCUUCCUACCCUUCUCGCAGGUGACCAAGGAGGGGCCAAUAAACGGACCGCAUCCUUGGAUGCAUCGACAUCGUCCAAGCCCACCUCCGAGGCCCAGGUUAAAGCUGACCUGGCACUUGGUGAUGGAUCUUCGUGGUACUCUCCCAAGCCUACGUCAAACAACGCUCUGUUCUAUGUGGUCAUCUACCUUGCGCCCGGUGACUAUCACCGCUUCCACUCUCCAGUUCCGUGGGUGGUUGAGAGCCGUCGUCACUUCGCAGGAGAACUUUAUUCGGUUUCCCCCUACUUGCAACGCCAUCUUCCUGGUCUCUUUACCCUUAAUGAGCGAGUCGCUUUUCUAGGUCGCUGGCGCUGGGGAUUCUUCAGUUACACUCCAGUGGGUGCCACUAAUGUGGGCUCCAUCAAGGUUAACUUUGACGCCGAGUUACGCACCAACAGUCUCACCACUGAUACUGCGGCCGACCUAGCAGCUGCUCUUGCAGCCAGACGGGGCGAACAGUUCCCUGGUUUUGUCGAAGCAACCUAUCGUCACGCAAGCAGAACGCUUGGUGGGCAUCCACUCAAGCGAGGAGAGGAAAUGGGUGGAUUCCAAUUGGGUAGCUCAAUUGUUCUUGUAUUUGAAGCUCCCGUGGGUCGCCGUCUGUCGUUCGACGCCGGCUGGAAAGAAGGUGAACGGCAAGGUGGAUUCAACUGGUCCAUUGAAAAGGGCCAAACGAUCAGGGUUGGCCAGAAGUUGGGAUAUGUGGAUGUCGAUGAGUGA